AUGGUCUACGAGCCGUUGUCGACGGGUCAUUCCAUCCUCAAUCCUUCCGUCACCACUCCUCCCAAUAACAACAACAAUAAUAAUAAUAAUAAUAGUAAUAGUAAUAGUAAUAAUAAUACGAAUACUUCCUCCUCGGCCGGCUCCACUACUCAUCCAACAAACACCGUCGAAUCCCUCCUCACCCUCGCCCAUAAACGCAUCACCACCCUCGUCUAUCUCAAGAAAGUCCAUCAGGGUAAGGUCCAUUGGUUUAAUACUAUCCUGCUCUCCAGACCCGAGCUCGAGAAAUGGUUCGAUCAUCAUCGGAUGAUCACCAGGACGACGAAAUUCGCCAUCUUGGGAAUGUCCUUGUCUUCCUUACUCGACAUCAACAACCUGCAGGACUUCUUGAAGGCGAUGAUCAAUCUGUUGCACGAAUUCGAGUCGAUCCCCAACGAUAAUUUCAAGCCCAAGAUCACCAGUCUAUCCAGAGGGAUCUUUAAGCAGUCAUCCAAGUCCGCCCGGAAGUCGGCUGGAGGAGCAGGCACGGACUAUUCGAUAACGCUACAAGACUCCGGCGACCCGUCGUUCAUAUACACGCCCAACAUCCCAUUCGAUUUAGAUUAUUUCGAGGUAUGGAUCACGUUAAGUGAUAUGCUGGUAGAAGUGUACCAAAAGAUGAUCAAGUUCAUCUCCAGCAGCAGUCCCACCACCCCAGCAGGAACGGCCACCGGAACCACCUCGAGCAGCACCACACCAUCCACAUCCGCGUCCACAUCCGGCUCAACGAGCACCGGCACCACACUGACAACAAGCACGAGCAACCCCACUUCAGGUUCGCUCAGCGCUACCAUCGCCGGCUCCUCCGCACCCACUCAUCCUCACUCAGUCCUUCCUACUCCUCCAACAACUACUACAACAACUGCAGCAACAACGGCAGCAACUGCGUCUCAGCUCGGAUCCGUCCCCAUCCAUGUGCCCGUCCCGCCGACCCGCUCGUCGUCUAAUUACUCGAUCGUCAGCGUCCAUCACACGUAUCUCAAUAGCUCACACAUCGAACUCAUCUCGCGAAUCGACUCUAAACUUAAAGUCAAUCCUCCCCCCCCCCCUUUUUUUUGUUUUUGA